UUCUAUGAUUCUAUGAUCUUGAAACAACCCUCCAUAGCCAGGUCUCCACAGUUAGCUGGAGCAGUUCUGAGCCUCACAGUUGCCCUUCUAGCAGACUCUUGUUAGAUAUGCAAGGAGUGUGCAGCUAGAUUUUGACCCACAUUGAAUGAACAAGCACCCUUAACCCAUUUAGUUCAUUCUGACCAACUCUUCUAGGAAAUCCCAGCACCACUCACUGCUUUUGGUUGUGCAAGUGAACUCACCCAUCAAGCAUCCCUCUCUGCUCAAGAACCCUCCUGGCCCUGGACCACCACCCAAUGGACCCACCAGCUUCUUUAAACUGGACUGGAGUUUAUCAGAAAGGGGGCCAGCUUUAAAAAAGUAACAUUAUAUGGCGGGACUGGGUGUGGGGAUACUAAAGCCAAUAGAGAUGCUUUGUGUUUGCUCACUUGCCUGCUUGUGAGACUUUAAAAGGCAUUUUAAAAAAUAUUCACCUACAGGGCACAAAGGGAGAAAGGGAUCCCAGGAGAUGAGUCUCACAGGCGCGGAGCGUAAUGAAACAUGCAGCAAACAUGCAGGGAUGCAGCAUGACACCCCUGGUCAGACUGAGGGAAGUACUGUAGGAAUGAACGCACUGAGCUCCGGCUGCAGGGAGCAGGAAGAAAUAUGGACAGGGCAGCCAGUUUGCAGGAGGGUGCAGUUGUGUGGAGGGGGAUGGAGGACCAGGGAUCUGUUGGAAACUAAUGCGAACAAAAGAGAGGCUAAGGAAGCAAUGAGGUGUGUGGUGGGGGAAGGGAGGAGGCAAAAGGCCUUUCCUUGCAGGCUCGCAUGUCAGGUGAAAGGAGGCAGAGGUGAUGGGCGCUGCAGUGUGGUGUAGCUGAAUGAAAGCGCUCGUGCUGCAGAAGAAUCAAGGCCACCGCCGUGGGGAGAAGGCAGAGAACAAGCCCAGGGCUGGGUUGGGUAUAGCAGGGGACGCAGGUUUGUGAUCCCAGAGUUAUGCAUGGGAUCUUUGGUGGGGCGUGUUAAUACCGCUCCAAACAGCAAAUCCCUCGUGCAGCGCUGAGAGCCGCGGGCCUCGGGGCAGGCGGGAACAACUCACACAAACAGGCUGGAGCUGUGCUGUGCUCGGACCAAGGCGGCCCAGAAUAUUCUCGGGUCACUCGCGGCUGGCUGGCCCCGUGCAUGGAGAGACGCUAGCAGGACACUGGGAUUUCUGGGCGUGGGGAAGAUUCCCGCGCACUGCACUCCAGGCAAACAGGAGCUGUGGCUUGUUUAUCCAGGUGGCGACACAUGCAGAAGGUUGUUUUUAAAACCAGGGAGUCUGCCCAAGAGCGACACCCCUCCUGCUUGUCAGCCAGCGGCCCGAGCAGGACCGUGACGGUCCGUCUCAGGGAAGCCCAGGGUGGGCUUUGGAAAGGACGCUCCGAAGUUGGCAGGGACUCGCUCCACUGCAGACUCCGGGGCUGCACACGCUGAGGCGAUGCACUGACAGGGCGGGGAGGCUGCACCCUCCGAAGGGAAAAGAGACCCUGGUUGCCUGCAAAGCAACCUCCCCAGCUCCGAGAACGGCCUGUGUUGUCCUGGCUUUUGAUCCCGGCGGCUGUAUUGGAUUGCCAGGCGGAGUUCUCACGCCGGUUGGUGGGAGGCACUUUACCUAAAUGCGGCUUCUGGCGUUGGCUGAUAAAGUGACCAUGCUUGCAACGCCAAGGGACUGCGAGUGACUUACACACACACUCCCCACCCCCUCCCCCUCCCCUCUUCAUUCGGAUUGUGGCGGCGGGUGCGUGUGUGGGGACCCGGCUCUGAGGCGUGUAGAUUCUGCACGGAGCAGGACGCUGCUUUGGCGAUGGGGAGAAACCUGCAGUCCCAGGGCUUUCUUACUGGUAAAAUCCGACUGUCCUACUGGGAGAAGGAACUUGGAAACCCUGCGGCCCCCGGGUUUAUUUGAGGUGAGGGGGGCUGGGAGACAGGAAUGGCAAAGAAUGUCUUCGGAGGUGGAAACAGAACCAGCCGCUGAAACAACUUCGAGCAGCCCAGAGGGAGGAACAGCAGCACCUGCAGAUGUUCGAGAGGAGCAACGCCCUGUCAAGCAGUCCUUGAGUGCCUCCAUGUGCAGAGAAUCCCACUGGAAAUGCCUCCUUCUUUCCAUCCUUAUGUAUGGCUGCCUGGGUGCUGUGGCCUGGUGUCAGCUAGCUCGAGUCACCAAGCUCAGCUUUGAUAGCUCCUUCAAAGGCAAGUCUAUGAUCUACCACGAUAGUCCGUGCUCUGAUGGCUAUGUCUACAUCCCCCUAGCCUUCCUCACCAUGCUGUACGUGGCCUACCUGGUGGAGUGUUGGCACUGCCAUGCCAAAAGCGAACUCCAGUACAAGGCAGAUGUGGACAGUGUCUAUGACCGUAUCAACCGCAUGCAGCAAGCCACUCCCUGUAUCUGGUGGAAGGCCAUCAGCUAUCACUUUGUGCGACGCACCCGGCAGGUGACCCGGUACCGCAAUGGUGAUGCCUAUACCACCACGCAGGUCUACCAUGAGCGGGUCAACACACAUGUGGCUGAAGCUGAGUUUGACUACUCUCACUGUGGAUUCAAGGACAUCUCCAAGGAGCUGCUAGGCUUAGAAUGCUACACAGCCACGAAGCUGAAGUUCACCAAGUGCUUCAGCUUUGCCAACACAGAAUCAGAGAACUCCUACCUGACCCAGAGGACUCAUUUUUUCACAGAGAUUGAGGGGCUGGAUGACUACAUGGAGGUCAGGGAAGGCAUGCAGCUCAAAAACAUAGACUUCAAAGAGCUUAUGAUGGCCUAUGGGGACCCAGAGCAUCUCCCAUGGUACGUGUCCCACUAUACUUUCUGGGUGGCAGCUGUCUUGAUGAUUUCCUGGCCACUGCGGGUGCUCAUAGAGUAUCGGACUGCGUACGUGCACUACCAUGUUGAGAAGCUCCUCGGCCUAGAGUACACAGUGCCCGGCAUAGCAGAGGAGCCCCUGUAUAGGUAUCGCAUGCCCCGGGAUAACACUCAGGACAGCACUGAACUGGAAUGGCACAUCUGUACCAACCGACAGCUGAUCCCCAGCUACUCGGAGGCCAUGCUCCUGGACCUGACAGACUCCCCUGUGUACAACGGCUACUCCAUGUGUGGGUACAGUGAAAUAGCUCAUGGCUGUGAGCGCUGCAACCAGGCCUCCAGCAACUCCUCCAUCUUCUCCCGCUACGCCUUCCACAGUGGCAGCGGAAACUCACGCCUCUCCCUCAACACCAGCCGCUUCUCUUUGUGCCGGGUUCAUGGCUCCCACAGGACAGGCCUCGGAAGGAGCUGCAGCAGCAGCAUUGCGGACCGUGGCUGCCAGGAUGAACAAUGUUGCUCUUACUCUAGUCAGCUAGCCAUCAAUGAAAACCCACCCACCUACCAGGAUGCCCGCUUUUUCCCAGUGUUAAUUGUGCACAGGCCUGAAGGGCACGAGGGGAGGCGCUUCUACAUCCGGCGCUCAUCCUGCCUGGAGACGUCUCUGUGAUCAGGCCUUAUGGCUCUAUGGCUCCUCCCUCUCCGGGACAGCUCCAUUGCACUAGUGCUGUUUGACAGAGAUGCUAUCAGCAGGGAAACCGUUAACUUCAAGACUGUGCCACCACACACUAGCUCCACAGGGCAAACUCUCCAAUUCUAAUUCCCCUCACUGCCAAUGCAAGAAAAUAUAUCCACUCUGACAAGCAGCUACUCGUUUCUCUUCCUCACAUUUUCCAUUACUUCCCCAUCACUGGGUGUCCCCUCUCUUUUUUCCUCUUGUCUCCCCUUCUUCUGCUCAUCAGUCACCCUUUUCCUUUCUUCCCCUGUUUCUGUCUCCUCUCUCAUUCCCAUCUCCAUCCUCCCCUCACAUUUCAGUCAUUAUACUUUGCACCACAACAGCAAUUUUCACCUGAGGAUCUCAAAGCACUUUGCAAACACUGAUGCAUUUAGCCUCCCAACUCUCUUGUAAGGCAGGAAACCGAGGCCCAGAGAGGUUAAGUGAUUCGCCCAAGAUCACACAGCACGUCAGUGGCAGAGCCAGAAGCAGAAUUCAAAUCUGCAGACUCCCAGUCACCUGCUGUUACCACCAGACCAGGCUUAUCUUUCCCUCCUCCUUCUCUCAUUUACUCCCUCCCUCUUUCACUGUCUCCUGUUCUUCUCUGUCCACGCCUGUCUUUCUUUCUGGCUGUCUCAGUUCUGCUCCUUAAGUUCUCGUCAUUCCUUCCCAGGGUCUUAGAGAGCUGGAUCUUGCCUAAUCAAAGUGUCUUCCUUGUUUUCCAGGUACAGCCAUUUAGUACUGGUAAGAAAUUAUAUCUACACAGCACAAGUGUAAUGGUCCAUUUGUAUAAACAAAGGGCCUGAUACUGAAAGGUGCUGCGCACCUAGCACUUUCGCUGAAGGGUCAAGCCCCAGAAUACUGAAGUUUACCAGUAAAAGGAAAGAACAUGCUCCAUCCCACCUUUCCUCCUACCCCAUCACGCUCCCAGGCCUUGUCAGUAAACAUUUCCUCCUGUUGCUAGCCCCAUUUCCACUCUUCAGAGUUAGCAAUGUUGGAGGCACUAAUGUAGACUGAGUGCUGGUUGGCACCACCAUUUUUAGCAUUGUGACCCUAUUUCCCAGGUACUUCAUUCCCACACCUGGCACAGGAAUGUGGUGGCCAAGAGGCAAAGGUGGUCUUUUGUCACCUUUGUGCUCCCCAUAUUCUGGGGCUGUUUGGGGGUUGCCACAGCCCUCAGUGUAAGUUAGAGCAACCUCAGAGCUGCUCUAACUUAAACUCUGCUUCCCAUGCCUUCUAUGGGCCCUGGGAAACAAAGAAUAGCUGUAGCUCUGUUUACUAAGCUACAUCCCCUGCCCCAUUCUCAGCAUCCCACUCCAUCACCCCAACAUCAGGGGUUGGGAGCACAGCUGUAUCAGGCUAGUUCUAUGCUGGCUAGGAGACCCAUUUUGCAGGGGUAUCCUUGGGGUGCUGUUUCUCCUCCUCAUAAGGCCCCUUUAUGCUGCCAGACCAUGGUAAAGGUGCCUUAGUGUAAUGGCAGAUUGGCCCCUGUGUCAUCUAAUCCUGCUCAGAGCAGGUCUAAAUGACACACUAGUUAAAAUAGCAGCGGCAGCCCAUGACACAUGUACAACAGGGUACUCUACUGCCGGUUGAGCUGAACUGCCGCUAGCAACAAUAAACAAGGCUCUAGGCUCAGCCAGUGGCAUUCCUGCUUUCUCAUCUUGGGAGUCAGCAUUUUUUAAACAUUUCCUAGCUCCAAGAUCUGAACGAAUCAAAGGCGGCUGGCCGUUCUCAGGAACUGCGAAGGGACCAUCUCAGAAUGCAAACCUGCAUCCAAUGAGUGAUCGUCUAACACUGAACAAGACCUAGAAAUGUUGUUGGGUGGAUUGUGGACAUCAUGAUUAUCAGUGGCUUACAGUGAAUAUCAGAAUGCAAUACAGUAUUUUUCAGAAACAAGGUGUUUUAAUACCACAUGGCUAAUAAAUAAGAAACAUUGUCCACUAAGGGAUUGUUAAAAAUGCUUACUCCCAAAUCAGUUUCUUAUAUAUCUACUUGUAAUUUGAAAUCUGUACUGUCUGUUUGGUAUGUGUAGAUCAGAUCUGUAUCUAUACAUAUACAGUGAUUUCUUAUGGCAUUGACUGUUGCAUCAUGUAAAAAUCCUUUCGGUUUAAUUAUUCUGUUUUGUAAUACUGCUUUUAUUUCAACACGAGAGAUAGGGAUUGCUUUCACAUAUGCAACACAAAGUUCAUCUGUAAAUGAUGGUGAUUGCAAUCAAAAGGUUGUCUCAGUCUACAGGAAUUUAUCUAUUUCUAUAAAUGUUUUAUGCAAGUGCUUACCACUCUGACAGCUAGGAACUAAUUACAAAAGUUAGGAAACAUACCUGAUGCUUUUAGUUUAUUACUUUUAAAAAAAGUACUUAGAGUUACCUGCCCCAAUGCUUAGAAGAGCCGGAUCUAGGUUUGGGUGAGUUUUCAGAGAUGGACUCAACCCAAAAUCUCAAUUGUGAUAAACCUCAAACCUAGGAAGAAUUCAGACCUAGAUUCACACUAUAAUGAGCCACCCAAACCCUCAGAUCUGAACAACGGCAUACUCCACCACCACUCAGAACAGGGGGAGAUUUUAAAUCUAGAUCAAGAGUCAGGUCUGAGCUCUAUAGCUUGAGUUCAUCUCUAAUUAUUUUUAGAUGGAGUAGUUGAGACUGUUUAAUAUGAUUCCCUUUCUCCUUUACAUACACACACGCGCAGAGUUAAACUGAGAGCUUAUGAAAGACUUAAGAACUGGAGGAGGCUGCAGCUUCCAGAAAUACAGGAACUGGACACAUUUCGGCAUUAUUUCCUACUAGAAGAGGUGAUGGAGAGGUAGAGGAGAGGGAGAAGGGAACACGAAAGGAGACAGAAAAGGGAUGAUAGAGGCAUACACACUAAGUGAAAGGAAGGGGCUCAGAUGUGGAUAAAGAUAGCUCUCAGCCUGCGAUCACACAACCAUGUCAGAUAACAAGGUUACAGUGCGAGUACCCCCAACACAGUUAAAAUGUGGUUCAGUCUUGGAGCGUAGCUGGAGCCUACAUCUCUGAACUGUGCGAAAGCCCCAGUCACGUCCAAGGCUCUAGCGCAGUCAGUUUGGGGACAUGGUUAAAAGGAUAUUUAGGUGCAAGACUGAGACUGACCCGUGUUUCAACUAUGUCCAGGGACAGCCGUAUUGUAAGUGGGUCCCUAGACAUGGUUAUUACUGUGUAAAAGUUGUUAUAUGAUGUAAACAAGCUGUAACAAAUCCAUUAUUAUGACGGGUUGGGCGGAACAUGGGAGACAACUGUUGCCAAACCAAUUAAUUUUCAGUGAAAUGUUCACUAGGUAUAUGCAGGAGCGCCGCCAACUUUUCUGCCACCCUAGGUGGCGGAAGGUCCUGCCCCAAAAUGCCGCCCCCCAUAGAGGCGGCGGAAGGUCCCGCCGCCGAAAUACCGC